UUUAAAGAUGGCGGCGACGGCGGCGGCAGCAACGUUGGGGGCGCGGAGCCGCGGGAUGGGGAGGGAAAAGGAGAAUUUGUGAGGUGCCCAGAGGCAGCGCAGUGGCUGCUGUGAGGAGUCCGGGUGCAGAGCCGCCGGCGGUCCCACGGCUCAGGGCUGGGGCCUGGACUGGGAAGGAGAGGCCGGACCAGCGCCUGGAGCCCGAGGCCGGAGCCGAGGAUAGGAGGAAUGUGACCAGGGGUCGGCGGGGGCGCGGGAGUACGCGAGCGCAGGGAUGGGGCAGCAGGUGGGCCGCGUUGGGGAGGCUCCGGGGCUUCAGCAGUCACAACCCCGGGGGAUCCGGGGUAGCAGUGCAGCCAGGCCCUCCGGCCGCAGGCGGGACCUGGCGGGGCGCACCACAGAGGCCGGCUUCAAUAUCUUCACCCAGCAUGAUCACUUUGCCAGCUGUGUGGAGGAUGGAUUUGAGGGAGACAAGACUGGAGGCAGUAGUCCAGAAGCCUUGCACCGCCCCUAUGGUUGUGAUGUUGAACCCCAAGCCCUGAACGAAGCCAUCAGGUGGAGCUCUAAGGAGAAUUUGCUUGGAGCCACUGAGAGUGACCCCAAUCUCUUUGUUGCACUUUAUGAUUUUGUAGCAAGUGGUGAUAACACACUUAGUAUCACUAAAGGAGAAAAGCUACGAGUCCUUGGUUACAACCAGAAUGGUGAGUGGAGUGAAGUUCGCUCUAAGAAUGGCCAAGGCUGGGUGCCAAGCAAUUACAUCACCCCAGUGAACAGCCUGGAAAAACAUUCCUGGUACCAUGGGCCUGUGUCCCGCAGUGCAGCAGAGUACCUACUCAGCAGUCUGAUCAAUGGCAGCUUCCUGGUGCGAGAAAGUGAGAGCAGCCCCGGGCAGCUAUCAAUCUCGCUCAGGUACGAGGGGCGUGUAUAUCACUACAGGAUCAAUACCACCACAGAUGGCAAGGUUUAUGUAACUGCUGAGAGCCGCUUUAGCACCUUGGCCGAGCUUGUUCACCAUCACUCAACAGUGGCUGAUGGGCUCGUGACAACACUACACUACCCAGCACCCAAGUGUAAUAAGCCUACCGUGUAUGGUGUGUCCCCCAUCCAUGACAAAUGGGAAAUGGAACGAACAGAUAUUACCAUGAAGCACAAACUUGGGGGUGGUCAGUAUGGAGAGGUUUACGUUGGCGUCUGGAAGAAAUACAGCCUUACUGUUGCUGUGAAAACGCUGAAGGAGGAUACUAUGGAGGUGGAGGAAUUCCUAAAAGAAGCUGCAGUGAUGAAAGAAAUCAAGCAUCCUAAUCUGGUACAACUAUUAGGUGUAUGUACUUUGGAGCCACCAUUUUACAUUGUGACUGAGUACAUGCCUUAUGGGAACCUGCUUGAUUAUCUCCGAGAAUGCAACCGAGAAGAGGUAACUGCAGUUGUACUGCUUUACAUGGCCACUCAGAUCUCUUCUGCAAUGGAGUAUUUAGAAAAGAAGAAUUUCAUCCAUAGAGAUCUUGCAGCUCGUAACUGCCUCGUGGGAGAAAACCAUGUGGUAAAAGUGGCUGACUUUGGCUUAAGUAGACUGAUGACUGGAGACACCUAUACUGCUCAUGCUGGAGCCAAAUUUCCUAUUAAAUGGACAGCACCAGAGAGUCUUGCCUACAAUACCUUCUCAAUUAAAUCUGAUGUCUGGGCUUUUGGGGUUCUCUUGUGGGAAAUUGCUACAUAUGGAAUGUCACCAUAUCCAGGUAUUGACCUGUCUCAGGUCUAUGAUCUACUGGAAAAAGGAUAUCGAAUGGAACAACCUGAAGGAUGUCCUCCUAAGGUGUAUGAACUUAUGAGAGCAUGCUGGAAGUGGAGCCCUGCUGACAGGCCCUCUUUUGCUGAAACACAUCAAGCUUUUGAAACCAUGUUUCAUGACUCCAGCAUUUCUGAAGAGGUAGCUGAGGAGCUCGGGAGAGCAGCCUCCUCCUCAUCUGUUGUUCCAUAUCUGCCUCGAUUACCUACACUUCCUUCCAAGACCCGGACGCUGAAGAAGCAGGGGGAGAACAAGGAGAAUAUCGAAGGGGCACAAGAUGCCACAGAAAAUUCUGCUUCCAGUUCGGCACCAGGGUUCAUUAGAAGUGCACAGGCCCCCAGUGGGUCCCCGGCACUGCCUCGAAAGCAAAGAGACAAGUCACCCAGCAGCCUCUUGGAAGAUGCCAAAGAGACUUGCUUCACCAGAGAUAGGAAGGGAGGCUUCUUCAGCUCCUUCAUGAAAAAGAGAAAUGCUCCCACACCCCCCAAACGCAGCAGCUCCUUCCGAGAAAUGGAGAAUCAGCCCCACAAGAAAUAUGAACUCACGGGUAACUUCUCAUCUGUUGCUUCUCUGCAGCAUGCUGAUGGGUUCUCUUUCACUUCUGCCCAGCAAGAGGCGAAUCUGGUGCCACCCAAGUGCUAUGGGGGGAGCUUUGCACAGAGGAACCUCUGUGAUGACGACAGUGGUGGGGGUGGGUGGUCUGGCAUCACAGGCUUCUUUACACCACGUUUAAUCAAAAAGACACUGGGCUUACGAGCGGGUAAACCAACAGCCAGUGAUGACACUUCCAAGCCUUUUCCAAGGUCAAACUCUACAUCUUCCAUGUCCUCAGGGCUUCCAGAACAGGAUAGGAUGGCAAUGACCCUUCCCAGGAACUGCCAGAAGUCCAAACUCCAGCUGGAAAGGACAGUGUCCACCUCUUCUCAGCCAGAAGAGAAUGGGGACAGGGCCAAUGACACUCUUCCAAAAAAAUCAGAGGAAGGUGCUGCUCCAACCAGGGAGAGACCAAAAGCCAAACUUUUGCCCAGAGGAGCCACAGCUCUUCCUCUCAAAACCCCCUCUGGGGAUCCAGCCAUCACAGAGAAGGACUCUCCCGGGGUGGGGGUAGCUGGAGUGACAGCUGCCCCAAAGAGCAAGGAGAGAAAUGGUGGGGCACGGCUUGGCAUGGCUGGAGUCCCAGAGGAUGGCGAACAGACAGGCUGGUCCUCUCCAGCCAAGGCUGCAGUGGUCCUUCCAACCACUCACAACCACAAAGUGCCAGUCCUUAUCUCACCCACUCUAAAGCACACUCCAGCUGAUGUGCAGCUCAUUGGCACAGACUCUCAGGGGAAUAAAUUCAAGCUCUUAUCGGAGCAUCAGGUCACUUCCUCUGGAGACAAGGACCGACCCCGCCGGGUAAAACCAAAGUGUGCCCCACCCCCACCACCAGUGAUGAGACUACUGCCGCAUCCGUCCAUGUGCUCGGACCCGACGGAAGAGUCGACUGCCCCGACUGCAGGACAGCCCAUGUCAGAAACACAGGAAGGAGGAAAAAAGGCAGCUCCAGGGGCAGUGCCCAUCAGUGGGAAAGCUGGGAGGCCUGCAAUGCCUCCACCUCAAGUGCCUCUGCCCACAUCUUCCAUCUCGCCAGCCAAGAUGGCCAACGGCACAGCAGGUACUAAAGUGGCUCUGAGAAAAACCAAACAGGCAGCUGAGAAAAUCUCAGCUGACAAGAUCAGCAAGGAGGCCCUGCUGGAAUGUGCUGACCUACUGUCGAGUGCAAUCACGGAACCUGUGCCCAACAGCCAGCUGGUGGACACUGGACACCAGCUGCUCGACUACUGCUCAGGCUAUGUGGACUGCAUCCCCCAGACUCGCAACAAAUUUGCCUUCCGAGAGGCCGUGAGCAAACUGGAACUCAGCCUGCAGGAGCUGCAGGUGUCUUCUGCAGCUGCUGGUGUGCCCGGGGCAAACCCCGUCCUUAACAACCUACUGUCGUGCGUACAGGAAAUCAGUGAUGUGGUGCAGAGGUAGCCACUGUUAGCCGAGGGGGAAGAUGCACACAUUUCUGAGGGAAGAGGGAAAGUGACUUGUUUUCCUGUGUUCUCAUUUUCAAAAAAUGGAAGACUGGUAUUUGAGUGUGUUUCUGUGAAGUACCUCAGAUCUCUGAGUUCUCACGUUUACAGGUUCAUCUCAAAAGUAACAAAAAGCAAAACACAUAGGAGAGGGAAAAUAGGUGGGGCCAGGGCAGUUGUGGGCAGGAUUGGAAGCUGCACUGGAACAUCAGGGCCAAAGCCAGCCCAUUCUUACCAGGAGUGAUGUGAGCUGUUUAGACAGGGCUGUCCCAGCAAGGCCACAGGGACUCUAUCUAGACAGUGCAUAGGCUGUGGCACUCAUUCUGCACCAGACAGAAGGGAAUUAACUUGGGGCUCCAGUAGGUCCUUGUGAUUAUGCUCCAACUCAUCUGACGUACUGGGUGGGACAGAAGAAAGCUGGGAAUGUGCCAAGAGACGUUUCUUUCAAGGCUGUCAGAAGUGCUGUUAACCUUGAUUUCCACAAGGUCACUGCUGCAGUAAGAACUGCAAAUCAGAUGGCCAUAUAUACCAAACUGGGAAACCUGGCUUUAGUUGUAUGCUCCUGUCCUAUUUUCCAUUGGUGUGUUAAUUGGUGCAGGAAGUAAAGAAUGCUAGGAAGUAUUUUCAGAGAGGUUGGAAUCUCCUCCUAAGAUCUUAAACGUUGCUUAGAAGUUAGUUCUCCCAGUCUAUUCUAAUGGAUCAGGAUUGGCUUUCUGCUUGUUGAUGCCUAUCUGUAAACCAUAGGCAUAGGAUCUCCUUGGUGGUUCUUCUGUACUCCUUGCUGGGCAGGUGUCUUCUUUUGUUCCUGGCAGCAUUCAGGGCAUUAACCAACAUUGAUUUGAAAAUAACAGUCAUGUACAGGUCUCACAGGAAAAUCCUUUUCUGAUACAGUGGCCCUGCACAUCGACAUACUGGCCAAGGACUUGAGCAGCUGGCUAUUUCUUUAUCAACUAAAAUACUAGGGAGAGGGUCUCUUCUCGAAACCCAGCGGUCGGCCUAGGGGUCCGUGACUGAGAGGAGAGGCUGGCUGAGUUCUCACGGCUGUUCCUCUGUAACCUUUCCCCUCCCAUAUCACCUCAGACCCAGUCUAGGCAAAGAGUAGGGAGAAUCCUUCACUCACUCUUUAUGGAUUCAAAUGAAUCCCUCUAAAUUAUCUUCACAUGCUUUUCUCCUCUCACGUGUCCCCCCCUCGCCCCCAAUUGUUGUGCUUGUGUGUAAAGAUCACUUUGGGAAUAUUCUUUGAUAUUUAUUUUAUUAUUUCACCUCUCUUUUAAGAAUGAAUAAUUAAAGGAGCAGGUCACUUUCAGGGGACAUCAGAUUUUGAAAACCUGAUGAUUCCUUUUCCUUCCCUGUUUAGUAAUUAUGGAAGCUAAUUAGGAUUGUUUCCUAAUUUGGAACCAAAUCUUACUGGUUAAAUACUAAUACUUUUGAUAUCAGGUCUAAUUCCAAUGACCACUUCAUUCCUUUUGUUAAAACUUUGUCCCCUCCAUCCCCCUGUCCAAGGAGUACCCAGUUUAAAAAAAUAAAUUAUUUUUUUCCUCCCAAAGGAGUAUUAAGUUAGGAAGAUAAGAAUUCAACAUUGAUGAACAGUGAGCUUUCUUCCUGGCUCUGUCAUCGAUCCACUGUCAGGCCUUAGCCCCAUCUCUUAAUCUAUUAAGUGGAGGUAAUGAUACAUAUUCUCAAGGGUGUUUUGCAAAUAAGUGUAUAGUUAUCCCUUUGAGAGCCUCUCGGGAAAGCUCUUUAGUACAGUAUUAUGUUGAAUACAAGUUUUUCUUUUUUUUUUGGCUCAGUUGCAGAUAAUGAAAAUGAAGACUGCUGAGAUUAUAUUGAUGGGGCUAGAAUACCAAGGGGGGAAACUGUUUUGGACACAGUUUGGCAUCUUUGACCAAGGAGGAAAUUAGGUUUUCAUUAGAAAGAAAGGAGACCUUGAUUCCUAUCUUGCGUGUUCCAAAGGAGUCCCAGGCCAGCAGAAGAAUACAAAGGGGGAGGAGACAGUACGGGCAUUCCCUUCAGGGGUUGGGUGAUUGCUGUCUAUUAGCGCAGGCAGUGAGUGAUCUGGCUAAUCUCCUUGUAAUGGGUGGAAGAGAAGACAGAAUUCCCUUUAACUUGGAAUUAAAAACCAACAGGCCUCCUCCUACCUUCUUCUUUGCCACUUUCCUUCAUAUAUUUCCAUAAACUUGAAAUUGUUUUCUUUUUUGACCACCCGUGCGCGGUAUAUGGAGUUCUUGGGCUGGGAGGCAGAUCUGAGCUGCAGUUGCAACCUACAUUGCAGUUGUGGCAACACCAGAUCCAUUAACCCACUACAAUGGGCCAGGGAUUGAACCUGUGAUCUGCACUGCUGCAGUCAGGUUCUUAACCCACUGCGCCACAGCAGGAACUCUUUUUAGCAAUUAACCUGUUAAGGGUGGGGCAGGGAAAGCUAAUACUUUAGGAUAUGAUUAUGCUGCUUUUUAAGUUUAUCCCUGUCAUUGUGGAUGCAAGUUGAGGGAUUAUAAUUGUUUUUCAGGUUUUUUUUUUUUUUUUUUUUUUUUAAAAACAAGGGAUCUUUCCUUGAGAGCUCUGAAAAUAAGCCUUGGAGGAACACUACUGAGUGUAUUUAAGCUGCCUGGUUUUCUCACCAUAGAACAGUCCUUGAGGGUGGGGACUGGGGCUUACUCAGGGGCAGCACCUGGCUCUGUCUCGUCUGCAGUAGGUGCACAGUAUGUUCAUGAACUGAAUUGAUUUUCUUUCAACGCUGUCAGGAGUAGCUGACUGUUGUAGCACAUGCCCCAUCCACAUGAUGCUUUAACUGUGUAACUUCAGGAGUUGAGGGCUCAGGGUUCAGGUUAAAGAGGCACUGUCAACUUAUGUAUAAAAGUAUAAUAUGGGUUUUUCCUUUUUCUACUUGAAAAGGACCAGAUUUUUAAAAUAACCGUAUGUAAUUUAAAAGUUUGAAUUUAAAGCAGAGAAAAAUUUCUGCUUUUAGAAACUAAAAUUGUAGUUUAAUGCGACCUGGUUUAAAACAGCAGAUAGCAGGAACAAAAGCCUUUCUAUAAGGUGUUGAAAACUUUCUCAAGCAGUUAUAUGUAUGCAUACUUCUGGGGUACCACAGCUUGAAUCUUUUCAUGUACAGAUAAUAUGAUUUCACCUUAGAUUUGCUACCUUAAAAUGCAGUGUUUUAUGUAGACUACAUCUUGAUUGUACUUUAUGUGAAGUAUUUUCUUAAAAAGGCUUUGGGUGAAAUUAAAAUGUGUCUAUUUUCCUAGAGAUCUCCAUUGUGAUUUUCAGAGACGUAGCCUUAAAAAGUCCGCCCUGAGAAAUUCAUUCAGUGUUUUUCCAGAUGACCUCUAUACAUGGAGGUCCUUGGGUAGGGAGACUCUUCCCUAGCUGAAUUUUUGGGUUUAAGUUAGAAUUUUCUUACAAUUCAAUUGAAAUUUGGUUAGUAAAGUAGUGCCCAGUUCAUAAAAUGCUGACUUUGCUAAGGCACCACCCAUAUUUAUUUAACACAGUUACAGAGAUUUAAGGAUAUAGUAUUGGUAGUGAUUAAGGGUUCAGACUCAAGUCAGUCAAGAAGGCAAGUCACUUAACCUUCCUGGGCCUUAGUGUCCUCACUAGAAAACAGGGAUAAUAAUAGUAACUACCUCAGGAUUGUUCAAAGGAUAAAAGGAGAUAAAGUGUGUAAGAUACUUAGCUUGAGUGCCUGGCACAUAAUGAGUACUCCAUAAAUGUUAACUACUACUACUAUUAACAUUUACUGCAAUGAGUCUUAGGGAUAUGCAAAAAAUUUUUCUGGUAUUUAAAAAAAAAAAAAAAAAACCCACCAAAAAACCCUGAUACAUUGGUGUCACCCCAGAUCAGAAUUCCCUGUGGGGUUGAAUCUCAGCCAGUGUAUUUUCCAAGAAUCUCUCCAGGUAUUUCAGACACCCAGCACUAUGUGAACACUAGCAACACCCCAAAGCUUUGCUUUACAGCUUAAGAAAUUGGGAGAGAAGAUGGUUAAGUUACUUGCCCGUUAUCUCAGAGCAGUUAAUUAGCAGCAGAGCCAAGUCUAGAGAUCAGGUCUAUUUAUUUUCUUGUGGGGUCUUGCCACCAUUGCUGCUGCCUCUUGUGAGACGCUGGAAAAAAAAAAAAAAAAAAAGUGCCUCAGAUAGACAAUCAGUCUGCAUGGUGCUGCACACUUUCUGAAGCACACGUUCCCGGCACUCUCUGACCUUAAGAGCCUUGGAUGUUGAGUAAUGGUAAUACUAGCAAAGUAGGCAUUCAGUAGAACUCAGUAAUUUAAAAAAUUAUAUGGGGUCAUUCUUUUGGACAGACCUCAGCGACAUAGCAAUCUGCACUUUGUAAUAAAGAAAUAACAACUUAAGUUUUAAAAAAGCUAGUCUGCAUUCCUUUUUCUUAAAAACAAAACUUUAUUGUUCCAUGUCAUUUUAAUAACUGAGAUAAUGUAUAAGAAAGCACUUUGAGAAAAGUAUCAAAUGUAAUAUAAGGUGGUAUUAUUAUGGUCUAUUUAGAAGAUAAAGCAGUUAAUGAGUUGCUGAUUGACUUAGAAGCUUUUGCCUAUGGAGGACCUGAAAACGCAAAUAUAUAAACAAUCAGCUCUGUAAUUUAUAACACUUAUUAACAUGGAACUGCUAAACGAAUACGUGCUGGUAUAGUAAGUGUUUUGCUAAAAUUAUUAGCUCAGCACUGAAUAACUGCAGAAAACUAGGGACCAAUGUUUUGGUUUAAUUUUAGUCUUUAAAAAGUAGUAAUGUGUACUCCAGAACAAAGAAGUUCUCCAGGGACCUUGACUCAAGAAGAAUGAGGCCCUCUCACCUUUGAACAUUUGUUCACCAGAUGCUCAGCCAUUUAGUACCCUAAAUAUAGUGGGUGCAGACUUGUUACCGGUUCAUGUUGACAGUGUCUUUUUUAACCUCUGUCCUGGGUGGUUUUGUUGGGUUUCUCGGGGGAAAGAGGGGCAGAGAUUGGAUGGCUGUAGGACCAGUGCACUUUGGGAAUUAUUUUUCUAGGAUUUCCUGCCAGUUAGAAAUGAUUUGACAUUCAUCAUCCAUGGGUUUUGGAUUUUGUUUUUCCUAAGAAGAGUAGCUGAACAUAACUCAUCUAUUAAAUUAUAAAAAUACUCAAGACUAAAUUGCAUUGGUUGCCACUUUUGAGUUACAGCAUUUUGAUCCCUCCCACUCCCCUCCAUUUCUGCUACUGAUGUCAUCAUUACCAUCAGAUGACUCCCCCAUAGGUGUUCACUUUGGGCUGACAGGGUUGUCUGCAUUUUUAUUCUUUGAUUUGGGGCUCUCAUUAUCUUGCAUUAACUUGUUCUACCUGGAUUUGGGGUCCAACUCUGUGCCCUGAGCAUCUGUUGUGACCAGUUCUUUUUAUGUAGGUAAGUUUCUCUGGACAUGAGUUUCUUCUUAUGUAGUGGUAGUCUUCAGCUCUCUGUAUCUCUGUUUUAGUUUCUGUCAAGUCAGUAUCUCAGUUCUUUUUUAAAUGCGUGCUUCAGUCCUGGAUAUGUGGCAGCAGGACAGAAAUAGAGAAAGGCAGUGCUAAGACUGCCUGUAUCUUCUGUGUGACAACACAGGGAACUUGCUGCUAGUAUAGCCUCACUGGUCAGAGAGCAAAGCCUUGGGCUGAUUCUAAAACUUGUCCCAUUCUUAACAGUCAGGAUAUUUAUAUUCUUUGGGUAAAGUUGCAGUUUUCCAACUACCAAACUUAUAAAAAUCCAAUACAAGGCUAGCUUUUUUUUUUUUUUUUUUUGCAAGCCAGCAGUGCCUACAGUAAUAGUUACUGUUACCUGCUUUGUUGCAGCUGUUACAGUCAGAAAUCACCUGCCAUCCCCUGCCCUCCUGCAGAACCAAGGGUGGUGGGGGUGGAUUUCAGGGCUUGGGAAUGGGCUGCAUCCUGCUCCAGAGCAUCUGCCCCGGUGACUGUCUUAGCUCUAGCUUGUCUUUUGUGAAGCUUACUGCAGUGUCCAAAAAGAUGAGUUUCUGCUCUGGGGCUGCUGCUUUUCAUGCCACCCACCUGAGGUGUAUGUUCUGUCUUGAAUAACAAAUGUGCAAGAUGAUACUUCCUUCACUUCUGACCCAAUAGCCUAGAUAGAUAGAAAGGACCAAGAAGUUAGGGAAGACACCACCUAUGAUGGACAAGGUAAGCAGAUCCAGUGUUUCUCCCCGGUGAGGAGGCCUUGGCACGCACGUCAUCAUGGUUCUGAACUGCCUUGCAGUAGUAGAGGUCAUUCCGAGAGGGCUGUGCCUUCAGAGAUGGGUUUCGUGAGUUUUGCAGAGCAGGAAAAGACGACAGCUAGGUUGAUGUUGCAUGAUGAUGGAACUAGAGUGGCUGGAAAGGAGCUUUUUGGGUAGCCAUAGCUCCGAGCCCUAGUCAGUCAGGUGUUCUCUCCACACGGGGUGCCGAUUUAGUGGACUGCUGGCUGUACUUUCCUCCAUCCACCUGGCAAGCGGAGGGGUGGGGGGCGGACGCUCUAACUGGCCCUGCCUUCCCUCUGAGUGCACUAUGUAAGUUACAAAUUUGAAAUUGUCUGCCUUUCCUAGAACAAUUACAUUUUUUACCCUCUCUGUUGCUGUGUGACCUGAACACAGGAGCAAGAGCAGAUUUUCCACCCUGUAGGCCAUCUAAGGGAAAGGAUGUCUCCUUUUAAGUGGAAAGGCCGGGCCCAACAUUGUCCUCAGACCACACUCGUACACACUGUGUCUGUUCUGUGAGAAUCUUUGUUCAUCAUUGUACUUGAAGCAGCAAGUUUCUGGGUCCUACAUGUCAUUCCAAGCUGCUGAGCUUAUACAGGGCUUGAGAUCUGGGAUCUUUCUAGUUAACUCUUUUGGACAUGGUGAAGGUGGACUAUCAAAUGCCAGCAGGCUUUAAGAAAGGAAGUACAGAGUCUGUAUUGUUGGAGCUUGCUUAGAUUUGCUUCUGAGCCUCAGGAUAGAUGUUUUAAAUCAUUUAAGCAACAAUAAAUUCUAGUUGAAGAACGAGACUUGAGGUUAUUAAAAUUAUCACAUAUAAAAAUACUUAAGUUUUAGCUGUUCUAACACAAUAAUAAUGCAGGUAUGCCAAAUUAUCCUUGAUUCAGAAGAGACUGCAGGAUCCUGAUGCUUUAGGGUCAUUGGUGAAGAAGCCCGCGCUGUGUGUACAAUUCAGAAGUGCCAUACCAUGUGUUGUGUGUGGCAAGAAUGCCAAGGGACAUAUAAUUUCUGGUAAACGAGGGCUGGAUAACCAGCCUUCCUCGCUUUUGACAAGCCAUUUUUCACUGUGGUCUCUGUUCUUGGACUCCAUUAUGGGGGCGGUUGGCUGAGAGCUUGAGGAGUCACCCUGAUGAGGCUGUUCGUCCUUCAGAGAAAUUAGUAUUCAGCAACUAGAAGGAACAAUGAGGUGUUCAUAGUUCUUGAAGGGUGUAUGUUUGAAAACCCUCCUAUUUCUGAUCUGUGUAGAGGGUACAUGUGGUGUCCACGUUAUGUACACACAUUGUCGUUGAGCUAGCAAAGGAGGGGAGUGAGCGUGAGAGGAGUCACUCCGAUCUUUGCCUGUGGUGAACGGCAGCUGUGCCCUGGUUAACGGGUUUGGCAUCAGGAGGCCGGCUGAGCUCUUCGCAUGUGCUCAUAACCCACCCCACCCCCGGUCUCCUGGUAGACCCCACACUUUUCCUUCUUUGCAAUCUGAUUUUGUCAUGACUAUCAGUGGGGAAGCCCCAGUUUUAUGUUCACUUGGCAAAAAUAAAUUUGAACGUUUCAUGGUGGUUGAUAUGGAACUUUGACCUUAAAACACAUGAUUCAGAUUCCUUAAAACUUGUUUGUUCAUACCAAAGGUCAGGCUCUGCAGAUGUGUGUGUGGUGGGUGCAUAGAACGGAGAGGUCUGCGGGGCCUGGCCCUGUGCGCGUUACUAAGGGGGACACAGUGAGACAGUAUGGGAUUUAAUUGAAAACACAUCACUUAUGGGUCACACUACCAGUGUUGUCAGGUAUUUGUUCUUAAUUGUUAUUGUAGGAUAUUUUCCGGUGUUUUAUUGUUCUAAUUUAAUACUUUCACCCUGUCGUCUGACUGUGAACUGCUAACAGUGUUAAACUUGAUGUAAAUAAAUGAGGCCCUUGAAAGGGGACUGCUCUCUGCCUGUUGUCUCACAAGGCUUGCCAACUUGUGUUUUAUUUUAAAUAAAGGUUGCAAUAUUUUAUUGGCAA